CCAGCCCUGCGUCCGUUGUUGCUGACCCCGCCAUCUUGGCGUCUGUGGCCGUUUUUCUCUUUCCAGCUUUGGCAUCGGUAUUGCACCUGGUCUCGGUCCCCUUGUGACUCGCUGGUGCCCGGACACCCAGCGCGAGGGAGCCGCUCACCCGGAGUCCCGAAAUGUCACAGGAAGACACACAUGGGAUUGUCAUGAAAAGGCCAAAAGCUGCUUUAGUACACUCAAACCUUCCAUUUUGGGACCCUGAGACCAGAAGGAUCCUGUAUGAAGCUGCUCGUACUAUAAUGAACAGAACUGAGGCCAGGAGGUAACCAUUCCUGCCUGACUCCCUGGGGAAGUGACUUGACCUUCAUAGGACAGGAGAAGGCAGGGUUGGUGUCAUUUGAGGAUGUGGCUGUGGACUUCACAUGGCAGGAGUGGCAGGAGCUGGAUGCUGCUCAGAGGACCCUCUACAGGGAUGUGAUGCUGGAGAACUACAGCAGCCUGGUGUCCUUGGGGCACUGCGUGUCUAAACCUGAGUUGAUCUUCAGGUUGGAGCAUGGAUUUGGGCCAUGGAGCAUAGGAGAGACCUCACUCUGGAAUCUCCCAGGUGUUCUUGAAGUACCUGCUCUAGAUAAGAGUUACCUGGAAAAUCCGGAGAGUCCAGUGUGGCCAGUAGGAAGGAUCAGCAGGAAUCUGUCAAACAGAGAGAUGCUUGAAGCAGAAAUGAAGGUUCAACUGGAACUCCACCAAGGUAUAAAACCCUGUGAAUGUAAACCAUGUAUGAAAACGAUUAACCUACCAGCGCAGCACAGCAAGCAGCAGGAAAGUUACUCAAGUGUGAAACCCUAUGAAUGGAAGGAAUGUCAGAAAGCCUUCUAUUGUAAGUCAGCGCUCAAUGAACAUCAGAGAACUCGUACAAGGUUGAAGAUCUAUCAGUGUUCAGAAUGCAGGAAAGCUUUCCCCUCCAAAUCAGAACUCGCUGUACAUCAUAGAAUUCACACUGGUGAGAAGCCCCAUGAAUGUGAAGAAUGUGGGAAAGCUUUCUAUCGUAAGUCAACCCUUACUGUACAUCAGAAAACUCACAGAGGUGAGAAACCUUAUGAAUGCAAGGAAUGUUGGAAAGCUUUCUAUUAUAAGUCAACCCUCACUGAACAUCAGCGAAUUCAUACAGGUGAGAAGCCUUAUGUAUGUAAAGACUGUGGCAAAGCUUUCUUCUACAAGUCAAACUUAACUCGCCAUCAUAGAACCCAUACAGGUGAGAAGCCUUAUGAAUGUGAAGAGUGCAGGAAGGGUUUCUCCUCCAAGUCAGAGCUCACAUCACAUCAUAGAACUCAUACUGGUGAGAAGCCCUAUCAGUGUGAAGAAUGUGGUAAAGCUUUUUACUGCAAGUCAACCCUCCGUGUCCAUCAAAAAAUUCAUACAGGUGAAAAACCUUAUGAGUGUAAGGAAUGUCAGAAAGCUUUCUAUUAUAAGUCAACGCUGACUGAACAUCAGAGAACUCACACCGGUGAGAAGCCCUAUGAAUGUAAAGACUGUGGCAAGGCUUUCUUCUACAAGUCCCAGUUAACUCGCCAUCAUAGAAUUCAUACGGGUGAGAAGCCUUAUGAAUGUGAAGAGUGCAGGAAGGCUUUCUCCUCCAAGUCAGAGCUCACUGCUCAUCACAGAACUCACACCGGUGAGAAGCCCUAUGCAUGUAAAGAAUGUGGCAAAUGUUUCUGUCGCAAGUCACACUUAACUCUACAUCAGAGAAUCCAUACAGGUGAGAAGCCCUAUGAAUGUAAAGAUUGCAGAAAAGCCUUUUUCUGCAAGUCAGGACUUGCCCGACAUCUGGGGACUCAUACACAUGGCACUAACACAAAGAAUAGAGAAAAGCGUUUUCCUGCAACUCACAACUCCGCCAACAUCAGAAAUGUCACACAAGUGAGAAAUCCUGUGAGCAUAAAGAAUGAAGAAGAACUCCCUACCGUACCUCAGUCCUCACUCCAUACCAUGGACUUCUUACAGUUGAGAAGUUCUAUAGAUGUACACAAUGCAGGAGAACUUACCUUUGUAACUCAUGCCUCAUUCAAUUUGAAUGAACUCAGAUGAGACACUAAUAAUUUAGAGAAGGCAAGAAAGCUUGCAGACAGCCAGGAUCACUUGACAUCAGAGAAUGCAUGCAGAAUGAUGACAGCAAGGAAUGUGAAAACCGCCACAAGGGGGACCUUUCUCAACAUCAGAAAACCCAUACUGGUGUGAAACAUUGUGUAUGUAAGAAAAAUAGGAAAGCUGUACUGUAGUUAUCUCAGUGUAAGCAUCUCAUACAUGUGAAGAAGCUUAUGAAUUUAAAGGUCAGAAGUUUAGAAUUAUGUCAUAUCUCAGUUGACAUGAGUGUACAUGCCAUGAAAAAUCCUGAGAAAGUUUGAAAAUCCAGAAUACUGUCUAUGUACUAACCUUGCAAAACAAACAUUUAAGGAACCUUGUUAAAAGAGCAUAGGAAAACUUUGAUAAAUCAGAUUACAUUCUGCAUCAGGAAAGUCAUAUAGGUGAGAGACUAUGUACAAUAACAUAUCAUGUAUAGUACUUGUUUAUGCCUUAUGUUCAUGGAAACAUAGCUAAUCAAGACUAGAAAUCUCAUACCUUCUUCACCUCUGGUGGGCCUAGAAUAUCAUAAUAGCAUGUAUAGAAGUGUGAUAUAGUUCAGAAGUAGUGUUGAAGUAUGUUGGAUAUGACUCUGACUUAUAUCCCGAUCCUCAGAGAAAUGAUAGUUAUGAGUGGUGACAGUCAUACCAGGUUAGGAGCACAGAGAGCACACUUUACAUAUACACAAAGGAAUCUAGACCCAUGCCUAAGAUAAUAAAGUGAGUAUUAGAGCCCAGAUCAAAUAUUCUAUCUCACCUCAUUGGUGGUUUGUACUAGCUCUGCACCAUGUUACUUGGGCCAGAUCCACACACAGUCUGAGGUCAAGGAACAGUGCUCUUUGUGGCUAAAAGGAGAAUAGUCUUUACUACCAUUUUUCAACUCUGGCAGAAGAGAAUCUAAAUAAUGGUGUCCUGGGUGACAGUCCACUGAGCCACACAACUGCCAUCUUGGGGAAUUCAGUUGUGCCCCCUUGCAAAUCUCAUCCCAGCUGUGUUUGUUGAUGGUUUAUAUCCUCCUCCCCCCACCCCCGUAUCCAACUGUUCCCAACCAACUGUCAACUCUGCAGACUACUUUGAUAAAAGAUUUAGAGAGAGAGAAUGUGUGUGUGUGUGUGUGUGUGUGUGUGUGUGUGUGUGUGUGUGUGUGUGUGUGUGUGUGUGAAUACCAGGGAAGGGGCCAUGUCCUCAAUCUAUACUGUUUUGGAAAAACAUUUCUGCUGGGAAAAUCUUUCCAGAUGUGGCUCAUUGGGGAUGGAGUGCCCCCACCCUUGUAAGGAACCCUCACCAUCCAUGCUCUCUCUGUAAGGAAGCCAAAUAAACUCAACAGUUUAUUUUUGAACUUGGUUCCAAUCAAGCUUUUGUUUGCCAUUAGGACCUGAGGAAAAGAGGCAGGCACAGCUUAUGUCUCCUGGGUAGAAAUUUAUAGCAAUACAGGGUCACCCUUAGAUGAAGCCACAGCCAAGAUGAGGCACUGGCAGCACAAAGUGAGUGUUCCUAUUAUAGGUUGGAUCUCCAGGAAGUCAGGUGAUCCUGCUUAUCUGUUAUUUUCUCUAAAUCAAGCCUUUCUCACCUUCCCCCAUGUUACUUAGUGAUACUCCAUUAGAGUGAGUAGAUAGCGCAAGAAAUUCCUAUGCUUAGGUUGAAUUGGAGUAGUAAGAGGUACUGAUUUGAAAAGUUAACCUGAGAUAUGUUAAAAUAUUACUGUUUACCUUAAUGUCUUCCAAGAAUCUUAGUAAUCUACCUCGAGUCACUGGAGUGAGAAAAUAAGAGGGAAUGCAGGUAAGGUUUCCAAUAACUCCAAGUGGUGUAUCAAAGUAUCCAACAAACAAGUUACUGGGUUUUCAGCAGCAGUCUGGACCUUGAGUGGGUACCCAAGUACAUUCAUCAUUACUGCUACUGUGGUGGCACAGUGUCAUCCCUUUACAUGCCACCUUUCUCACUGACCUAGUGAUUCUGUAUCUUUGAAUAAUUAUGUGGAUAAUGAGUGAUCCUGGAGUCAGGGCUUUGGGACAAGGAGUCUGGCUGAGGCUUAGGAAGAAGUCUCAGUCUCAGCACAUAGAAAAGCUCCAUUCAGAAAUGUCAGACCUGAGAUUAUGCUCUGGGGUAUAUUGUCUGCUUUACCAGAGUGAUGACUUGACAAGAUUCAACCCACCCAACUGUUAAAAUGCCAGAGUACACAGAAGUGUGGUAUUUUCACUGACUUGGAGUUAGUUUCUAGUGUGGGUAGGUAAGAGGUAGCAUGUGUCCCUCUUAAAUCCAGGAAAAACUAGUGGCCAAUACUCAUUUUCUGUGUGAGACCAUAUUUCCCCAGCAUAUGUUCAGAGGUUUGGAUUUAUGAUCAGUUCUCAUAGUUUCUAUUAGAACCAAGUCCUAGCAAAUAACCAUGCCAUUUCCACACACAGCUGAGUAUACAAGGCGCUGGGAAUAGUGCAAAUGGUGGAGAGUGGUAGCAGUGAUAUUGGGGGAUUUGGAUAGACUUUGGCUGUGUGCCUCACUCCCAUAUAUCUACCAUUGGUGCUGGUUACAGGACCACCAUCACUUAGCCACCACAGUUUAAGCUCUUGGACGCCAAGUUUAUUGACUAAAUAUAGUUACUUAACUACCAGUGUGAUAGGAGGCACAUAGUGGAUAGAUUAUAAUAAACAAGCAUGUAUAUAUGUGUGAUAGACUCAUUGAAGAAGUGAUGGGAAGCAGGCUUUUGACUGUAUUCUCCAAAUAUCAGACUGCACCAACUAUUCCAGUUGCCAAAUACUUUAAUCGCAGGGAUAUGCGUUUGCAAUUGUGAAGGUACUCUUGGAAAGAAGUACUUUGUAGAUAAGUGGAUGGAUUCCUACAGUGUACUUGAACAAUUUGUAAAUAAAAUGAAAAUGCUCUAGUAAA